AUGAGUGAACGUGAGCUUCACCACCUGAAGCACACGGUACCACACAAGGGACAACCACGACUAUACGUCCCAAACACACUAUGGACACGCGCAUUUUCGAUAACAGUGAUCGCUGAAACAGUCGCCACAUGCGCAAUUGAAAGCUGGAUCCUCAUAAGCCUCCGCCACCACCUCGAUGACGACGGCAAAGAUAAUGCAAAUAUGCGCCUUCAGUCCUUCCUUGGCCUGUACAUCUUCGCUUUACUAUACGAACUCGCUCUCUCGUACGAUGCCCUGCGCCGAAAGAAUACAAUCCAACUGGUCGGGCUCUGUAUUUGUAAUUUGGGCCUGUUGACCUAUGGCUUUUUACAGAUGCAGGAGAUUAAGAGUACGGUUAGGACUGCGCUGAACGAUCAAGCUGUCAGCGAUCAGUUGCUGCAUACUUUUCGCAUUGAGAUUGUGCUUGUUCCUAUUAUCUUGGGCGUGUGCACUAUUGCUAUGACCUUCUUUACGUGGAAAUUGCGCGCGGAGUUCUCGUGGUCAAUUUAUAAGAAUAUAAGUGCCGAUCUACAGAUGAAGAGGAGGUAUCUCACUUAUCAGGUUUAUAUCGCGCUGUUGAAAUUUGACUUCUUCUUCGUGUUCGGAAGUCAACUUCAAAUUAUUCUUGUCGUCCUCAAAUAUACGGACUCUGAUUUCAUUCUUAACGCUUCAUUGAUUCCGAUUACGAUAGCGACAUUGGUUGGGGCUGCUCAAUUCUGCAAGCGUGAGAAGAAAAAGUCUCUCAUUACUAUGAUGUUUUUCAUGCUCGUUAUCAUGGGAAUUUUCGGCCUGACGCUUUAUCGAAUGCACCUGCGCAGCCAAAGCCAGCAAUUCGCCUCAGUCCGGGUCUCCCUGACACUAUUUUCCUCCAUAUCAUUGUUUUUAAUGGGAGUCACGCUCGUCAUCUCUGUUUUGUGUAUUUUGAAUUUCAACAAAGGCUUGAAAGUUCACGUUAUGACUCCUCCAAAGCGACGAAAAGGUUCAGUCUCAUUGGAGCUUCAGGCUCAAGACAUUCCUUCGCGCUACCUCGAGCAACUCUUGAGGGAUAGCGAAGAGCUACAUGACCGAAAUCGUAAUCUGAAAGAAAUGCGAUUAGAUAGAUCAGAGCAAACCUCUGACUCUAGGUCAAGUCCCGAUACUGCCGAGGAGAAUGCUGGCUCGAUAGCACAAAGUCAUCUCAUAAGGAACAAGCCGUGGUUUCAAUCCCACGAUGCCUCAAUGCUUCCUCUCUACAUCAGUGAAGCAACUUGUACUGCCUUUGCCACUCGUCUAUGCCAGUUUUUUCAGAAUACGAAGACGCCAAUGCCGCAUUUUCCAAGAUCGCAUUACACUGACGAGUCUACAAUUACAUCUCUCCUCAAUGAAUGGACAGGAUGGCCUAGCCUUGUGUGUGCGCAGUUAUUGGUCAAAACUGCCCUUGGUCAUAUCAUGUCUAGUUUUCAUUUUGUUUUGAAAAAAGAUACUAUGGAUAUGCUCCAGAACGUUUAUCAGACACAGAACUUCGAGAACGAAAGUAUCAAGUGCAAGUUCUUUGCUCUCUUUGCAAUUGGGCAAGUUUAUUCGACUGUGAACGGGUCUUUUGAUGAACCGCAUGUACCCGGGCUGGAUUAUUUUGCAAAGGCAUUGAGUCUUGUGCAGGUCAUUCCCGAAAGACCAACCAUGAUUCAUAUAGAGAGUCUACUCUUGCUUGCAUUCUUCUGCCAGUUUCUGAAUCGCUUCCAUUCAGCCUAUCUCUUCAUUGGAAAUGCAUUGCGGCUGGCGCUGAGCAUGGGCUUGAACUAUAACGUCCCGCAGAGUCAAAAUCUACAUCUAGUAGCGCGAGAACAUCGAAUUCGAAUUUGGUGGUGUAUCUAUACACUUGAUCGCUUCUGGGGCUCGAAAUCCGGCUUUCCUGUUCAAAUUCACGAUGAGUGGAUUCACGUCGAUCUUCCCUCAAGUUUGGCCUCUGAAACAUACCCGGAUCAGUUUGCAGACAGUGCAUUCCCAAUAACAGCUAUCGAACUUGCCAAAAUUACCGGCAACACGACUGGUUAUAUCUAUUGCCAGAAGCAAUCCGUUGAAAGCUUCUUGCAUUCCGAACAGAAACUUUUGACUCAAUUGAAACAAUUGGUUCAAUCUCUCCCUGAACAAAUGAAGCUUCAUCCAAAUACAUCCAACCCCAAAGAUGUGAUUCAGAUGCAUCUUCAAUUCAAUUUUUGUGUUAUCCUGGCCAUCAGACCAGUCCUCUUACAUGUCUUGAAGUUGACCAAAAAAGGCCGUUCCCACCAGUUCAACGAUACAAUCUCACCAGUUCUGGUCACUUUGAGUGAAGCAUGCAUUCAUUCAGCAAGGCAUUCAUUCGCCUUAUGUUUGGACGAAUGGACCGAAGGAUCCUUCGCAAUAUACGGUUAUGCCUUCCCUGCAUACCUAUUCUCAGCUGCACUCGUCCUAAUCGUGGCACGUCUUCUGCCUCUCGGGAUUCCAGCCGAUCUCACAGCUCCGGAGACUGCCUUGGAGAUACUCAAGAACCUCAGCUUAUCCGGCAAUCUUGCGUCUAGAGAUCUUUAUGACCACCUGAUACGGGUACAAAUGUGUGCUAAUAAGCAUCCUGUUUAUCCUAGUUUAGUGCUUGAUCAUUAUGAGAAUGAGCCCAUUAACCCAUCACCAAUGGACGAUGAACUACUCCCUACGUCUUCACGACCCCGCCGAUUCUCCGAUCAUCCCCAUACCUCCCCGUACUUGGAUGAUCUGAACACCCAGCUCUCCGAAUCCAACGUGCCCUUUCUAACUACAGAAAUGGCUCUUCACCAACCUACUAUGCUGGAUUUCUUGACGCAAUCUCAUUUGGACUUUGGCCUCCUUGAUCCAGUGGAGACCUUCAACGACUUCGAUCUUGCCUUUUCAAGGUCCUCUGAUUAA